AUUGUGGUCAGAUAGUGCUCAUUUGUUGUGAACAGAGUUAGGGACAUUUUUCGUCAUCUUAUAACAAGAACUAUAGCCAUGUCUCUUGCUCGCCAUAAUUUUCAUGAAGAUUGUGAAGCUGGAAUUAAUCGACAGAUAAAUCUAGAAUUAUAUGCAAGUUAUGUCUAUCAAUCUAUGGCAUUUCAUUUUGAUCGAGAUGACGUCAACUUACCAGGCUUCUUUAAGUUUUUCAAGAAACAAGGUGAUGAAGAGAGAGAACAUGCUGAAUUAUUGAUGAAAUAUCAAAAUACAAGAGGUGGUAGAAUUGUUCUCAACAAUGUCCAGAAACCUGAACAGAACGAAUGGGGUACUGGAUUAGAAGCUAUGCAGGUAUCAUUACAAUUAGAGAAGAAAGUAAAUCAAUCCCUAUUAGAUCUUCAUAAAAUUGCUGAUACUCACGAUGAUGCCCAGAUGACUGAUUUCAUAGAAGGAAAGUUUCUUGAUGAACAAGUUGAAUCUAUUAAAGAGAUAUCUAACUAUAUAGCUAGUUUAAAACGUGUUGGACCAGGACUUGGUGAAUACCAAUUUGAUAAAGAAACAUUAGGAGGAGAAAAUUAAGGUUACAUAAGUUCCAUACCCUUACUCAGGAAGAAUGUAAUGAUAUCAAUACUGCCAGUCGCUGCAAUAUUCUAUAUAUUAUACAUAUUUAUCUGUGAAUUGAUAAUUGAUGUACAUAAGGACAUUUGUCAAAAUUUAUGUUGUAAAAAUAAUUUAAUCAAAGUUUUGUUUGGUGACAUUUCAAAAAACAGAUUUGAAUUUUGGAGGAAUUUCAUUUUAAAUAGAUGUGUGAUAGGAAGUCUGUUUAUUUUUUUUAGUAUAAGAGAUGUAUGGGCAAGACACAGUUUGUCUCUAAAUCUUUAAAAUGACAAAAAUUAUGUUAUAUGAACUGUGUGAAUUAUUCUGAAUAUUUGGGUUUUUUUUGUAAGUAAUAAAAUGUGUUUUUGCUUUCUGACAUUUUUUAGCUUAACAUAUAGCUAAACGACGAUGUAUCACUGAUCCUUUCCGAAAAUGUUUUAGAUGGACUAGAUACAACCAAUAUCUAUGAAAUCUUAUACUGGUUUAUCUGUCUUCACAAUAUACUUCUCAUCAAACUUUAAGCUUCCACAUUCUGUCAGAAGGAACUCCUCUGAGGUUAUCCUAAAACUAUUUGACACUACUUUUUAAAGAACUGUUUCUGAGUUGGGCAUCUUAUGAAUGUGACAAAUUGCUAUCAUAUCAAAAACUUAAAUUGUGUGUGUGCAGUAAUGUCUGAAUGGGAUAUUGUUGAAGAAGUUUAGUCAAUAUAUCAACAUACCAUUUUGUUAAAAAUUUACUUCAUACCACCAGAACAAUCCUUAAAACCCCUUUCACCCCAAAAACCAAUGGGCAAUUGAAAUUAUGUAAAUUUUAUAAUUGUUCAUUCAAGCAAAUAAUACUUCAACAUUUCCU